AUGACAUCGCUGCCACCAAAAGUCCCUCGCAGACUUCGGCAUCUCGCUCACGUCGUAAGCGCAUACAAUGCGUGUCUGAGACUCGAGGCGUCCAUUCAACAAGCCAUUAACGACAAUAGCGAGGAUGUUGGGAAGAAAAUGAUAUACGCUCGCAUCCUUGGAUAUCUUAUCCAUUAUGUGCCCACAGAUCAAGGACUGAAAACAAUUGUCGACGAGAUUGCUUCAUGCAAAGACGACAUCGCGUGUCUGCAGUUAGGAAGAAUGUAUUUCGAACAUUUCAUUAGGGCGUUUAGAGCGAGAAAAGGUCGCACAUCAACACCUUCCAGUAGUGCAUCUCGGCCCUCCUUCGAUACGAUACAAGACAUGAUCAAAGACACCUUGGUAGAGGCCCCCCAAUCCCAUAAGCAAGCUAAGCAACUGGCCCUUAUACGUGAUGGUUAUCGUUGUGUUGUAACAGGGGGAUACGAUCGCAACUCAGUCCGCACUAUCGCGGAGUUAAAGCGAAGAGUCACGUCGGACCCUAAGGGGGUGUCAGCGCUGACAGAGUGUGCUCACAUAUUUGCUGAGUCCACUAAUGCUUCCAUCGGCCCAGGCUCGGAGAAACGCGAGUAUGCUGCCAGUAUGUGGGCAGUAAUGACGCGCUUCGGUUACGAAAAACUUCCGGAGGAACUAAAUGGCGCCCGGGUCCACCGAUUAGAAAACGUAAUGACUUUGGUUCCAGCCUUUCAUUUGGAUUUUGAUGGAUUAGAAGUUUGGUUUGCCGCAACGGAGGUCGAAAAUAAAUAUAAACUCGAAGCAGUGGAUUCCUUGACAUUGCGAGGCUAUCCUGAAUAUGUUACAUUUACGUCACCCGAUCCCGCCAAAUACCCCCUUCCAUCGCCGGUGUACCUUGCAAUUCAUGCUGCAUGCGCCAAGGUUGCUCAUCUAUCUGGGGCAGCUGCAUGCAUCGACAAAUACGACGAAGAUUUGGACGACAGUACGACACUCGAUCCGAGCGGCAAAUCUGCAGACCUGCUUGAACACGCGCUUUUCAAGGGACUGCAGGCGUUGGCCGAAGUCCAAGCAGAAUGA